AUGACCAGCGGAGCCAAACGUUCUUUCUUCACGAAGCCAGCAUGGGCUGCGCCGGCGACGUCCAAGGCACCCAAAACAGAAACCUCCAUCUUCGGACGCAACGAUAUUUACCGCGACAUCCUUCAGGCCGAGCAGGAGAAGGAGAAGAAAAAGAGAGCCGCGAAAACCAAACACAAGGCUGGAAAGGGGGAACGUGAGGAGCAGCCCGAGACCAAGAAAAGACGGGUGUCGACUGAGCCAGCGAAACCCCAAGAAGAAAACAGUGAUUUUGAUUUCGAGUCGGACAAUGACAGAACAAGCACUCCAACAAAUGUAAAGAGCGAGAGGAGACUCAAACGGCCUGCGACACGAAGUACACCUCGAGUAGACAAGUCGCCGAGUGUAGUGGGCCUUGACAAUUUGCGAAACAAGUCGCCCUCGACGCGCGAGAGUCCAGGGCGUGAUGCCAUAGUGCUUCAAGAUGGGGGCCACGAGUCAGAAGAUGACCUGGUGAUAUGGACACCUCCGCCAUCCAAACAUGGGACGUUGGCAGCAGCGGCAGCAGCACCCAACAAGGGGAAAAUCAGACCGCCUUCCGACGAAGAAGAAGAAGGAUCAGAAGAGGAAGAUGACCCUUACGUGCGCGAACUGAAAGCCAAAGCUCGGGAGAAGGCCAGACUUCAGAGACUCGGCAUCGAACCAGACAACCGAAGAUCCAAUACGCCACUACACCGUGCAUCUUCAGCGGCAGCGUCCGAACGUUCGAGACAUUUGUCGGUCGACAAGCAACCGCUCAGCAGUCGUCCUACGUCGUCAGACUCGACACAAGGCCUUGGACGCACGACGACCCCAGCCUCGGAACAGGAAGAUGACCCGCACAUCCGCAUCAUGAUCCGGUCCGAGAUCCCCAACACGCAGUCCUUGAUAGUUAAGCGCAAGGCCUCCCAACCCCUGAAGCAGGUGAAAGAGUUCUGGUGCAAAAGGUGGCAACUCGAUGACAAGACGACACGCAAAGUAUUCUUCACCUGGCGAGGGACCAGACUGUUUGACUCGACCACGAUGCGGGGGAUCCUUCAAAAACUCAAGACAGAACACCGAGAUAACAAAAGUGCGAGCGUAGGACCGCCAACCGACGACAACGACGACGUGUUCGACGAAGAGGGUGGGGCGGCGGCGGCGGAUCAUCAUCAUCAUCAAGAGGACAAAGAUCCAAGCAACGGGAACAUUUUGUUAGACGCCAUGACCCCGGAGUUGUACGAAGAACAGCAACGUCAGAAGGCGGCGCGCGAGCAGCAGCAAAGAGAGCAGUCGCAGCAAGACGAAGACGAUGACGAGCAUACGGCGACGCCGGUACCAGAAAGUGACGGAUCUAUCGUCAUCAGGCUCGUCGCACAAAACCUAGAGCCCAUGCAGCUGCGUGUGAGGCCGCACACGACCGUUGCCAAAAUCACGCGUGGUUUCGUGGCGACGAGGAAAAUCGACGAAGGAAAGACUGCCUACUUGAUCUUUGACGGUGAAAGACUGGAUCCCGACAAGACGGUCGAGGACAUUGAGCUGGAGGACGAGGACGAGGUCGAAGUUAGCAUACGGUAGCGCAGCCAAAAGUGCAUGUACAGGCUACGGUGCAAACCCUGGGCGACCUGGCCCGAGUAACAAGUGUAUAAUAACGGUAGGGACAGUUUUGGGACCCUGGGCUGGCGAAUUUGCAGAUUGGGUGGGAAUAUCUUGAACGACCAGAACAUGAUUUUUAAUGAAAACGGACCGAGAACGAGUGUAAAGGUAAAGAAACCGGCAACAUGAUGGAAGUUG